UUGUCCCUGUACAAAAUUGAAUGCUGCUUCUUUCACGUAUCGAAACCUAAAUAUGGUCAAAAUAGUCACAAUUGAUCUGCAGUUCCCUUCUCUACCAUUAACUGCAGAAUAAAAUCCAUAGAGCUAAUCUGCAAUCACUUUUCUGAGCUUUAUCUGGAUGCAUCUGUCGUUCUUCCAUCGGCUACACUUCUUCCAUCUCCCCUGUUUCCCCUUCUCUGUCUCUGUCUUUGUUUUCUUCUCUCUGUGUUUCACAUGCAGAGAGGGGAAUAAAUAUUCAAUCUCUUUGUUUCUGAACAGCCCCUGCCAGUCCGAGAUUUCUCUCUCUGUGUAUAGGAAUGGAGUUAGUUCCUUACACAGACCCGAAUUCAAAGCCAGAAUCCUCUACCGUUCCAUGGCAGGACAUGUUCAGAUCCGCUUCAUUUCGCAAGCCUUCCACAACCAAUCCGGCAAAACCGCCUCCGAAUACAUCCAACACGCCACCGCGCGAGUCAAAUAACAAUAACCCAGAUCACAAUACUACCUUCUCAGGUGAUCCUCAGGUGCGCCUUGCUCUUUACAUAGCCAUGGCCCAUGCCGGCCUUGCCUUUACUAUAUUUGUUCUUUAUUUUGUGUGCAAGCUUUUGCAAGAGUAUUUGAGGCCUAUUCAAUGGGCUGUAUUGUGUUCUAUUCCUUUGAGAGGGAUACAAGAGACCCUUGUUGAUUUUUGGAGUGAGCCUUUGAAGCUAGGCCUUACUGAGACUGUUCUUGCAGUUCCUGUUGCCAUUUUUAAGGCUUUUGUAGGUACUAUUGGUGAUAUUAAGGAGGGUUUUUUAAGGGUUUUUCUUAAGAGGCCAAAAAGAGGGGGUCCUAGAAGAACUAGAAGAAGUGGAUUUUCAAAGUUAGUUAGGUGGUUAGUGUCAUUUGGGGUGUUUGUGAUAGCCUACGAGAGAAUUGGUGGUAUGGGGUCAUUAUUGAUUCUUGUUUUAGGGUUCAUGUGUAGUACCAAAACUGCGGGUUCUACAUUUUCUGCUGUAUCUUCUUUUAAGAGCAACAGCUUCAAGCGUACUGCAAUCAGUGCAUUUUUCACGAGAGGGAUUUUAAAGAGAUUGAAAACCAUUGUGGCAAUUGGAUUAAUUGUUGGUAUGAUUGUAGGGUUUUUGGCUGGAUUGAUCUUUUUCUCUUAUAAGAUUGGUGUUGAAGGGAAAGAUGCAGUCAUUUCAUUGAAAUUGCAUGUGGAAGAGAAUAAUUAUGCAGAGAGAUUUGGCAUUAAGAAGUGGAUGGAUGAGAAUGAUGUUCCUGGAAAGGUAGAUAAGUACACCACCACCGUCUAUGAAACAGUGUCUGAGCAAAUAGAUAGUUUGGCAAUGCAAUACAAUUUGACGGAGCUUGUCACGGUGAUCAAGCAUUUUGUUAUUAGUACCCCAGCUGAUUCUUCUCAGGAAUCAGCUACGAUGAUGAACCCAUCACGUUACGCUGAGAAGCUUGUGAGUUUAAGAACCAAAGUUCGUAAUCGCGAAUGGGGAGAAAUUUAUACAGAAUUAGAUGCAAUUUUUAGGGAAUUGAUAAUCACCCGGGAGGAUCUUGUCGAGAAGGCAAAAGGGUUUGCUGUUCGAGGGAUGGAUGUGUCACAGCGUGUGUUUGCUAGCAGUGCAUCUGUUUUAGGUGGUGGUGCUAAGCUCAUGUUCUCUGUGGGAAAUUCCAUCAUCUCUGGGGCAGCUGAGCUUUUCAAUUUUGUAUCUCAGUCAAUGGUGUUCUUCUGGGUUUUGUAUUAUCUAAUUACAUCAGAGUCUGGUGGGGUAACUGAACAAGUAAUAUCCAUGGUUCCAAUUCCAAAAGCAGCAAGGACUAGGUGUGUUGAUGUUCUCAACAAUGCUAUUUCUGGAGUUCUUUUGGCUACUGCUGAGAUUGCAUUGUUCCAGGGAUGUCUUACAUGGCUUUUGUUUAGACUGUAUGACAUUCACUUCGUGUACGUGUCAACUGUGCUGGCAUUCAUCAGCCCUCUGCUUCCAAUCUUUCCACCUUGGUUUGCAACAAUUCCAGCUACUGUGCAACUGGUGCUAGAAAGUAGAUACAUACUGGCAAUUAGCUUGUCUAUUAUUCACAUUGUGCUUAUGGAUUAUGGUACAUCUGAAAUUCAGGAGGAUAUACCUGGUUACAGUGAAUAUCUUACUGGGCUCAGCAUUAUUGGUGGAAUGACGUUGUUCCCAUCUCCAGUGGAGGGAGCAAUAAUGGGGCCAUUGAUAACUACUGUUGUGAUUGGUCUUAAGGAUUUAUAUGCUGAAUUUGUUCUGGAAGACGCAAAGAAAAAUGAUUAGCAGAACGAUAAGUCUGAAACACUGCCAGUUCCAACUUCGAAUUCUUUUGUUUGCUACCUGUGAACUGAUGUAUAUUAGUUUGAGCCACUUUAAGCAGAAGCACAUAACUCGGCCAAUAUUUUUCUUCUCUUCUCACGCAGUUUGCUCAUUCAAUUGUAGUUUGGGUUUCUUUGUAGCAUAGAUGCCUACUUUGUAUUUUUCUUGUUGUUUGUAUCUUCUUGGUUGUUGGCAGCAGCAUGAAAAGUUGAAUUGUACAUUUUCAGUGUAUUUAUCGCCAUAAGGAUUUGUGGAA